AUGGACUCUGGUAAUUUUCUCAAAUACACAUAUGGCCUGGCUAACAGUUUAUCUGGGCAACGAAAGAAGCCCAAGAGGCUAUGGUUACCAUUACCAUCUCUUAGUUACUUCAGUUGUGCUGACUCCUCAAGAAUCACUGCAAAAGGGAAACUGGGCCAAGCUUAUUUUGUGGAGGAUGAUGUUGAUAUCAGGAAUCUCUCUCUAGUUUACACUCUAGCUGGAGUUGAUUGCAGUGAUCGUGCUGUCGAUGCGUCAGUGGUGAAUGCUGUAAAUGAAGGCAUUGAAGCAGCAAGAGAGAUUGUUUACCUUCGAAAGCCUUGGGUUAUGAUCAGUGUUAAUGAUGAUGAAGAUCUUCACUUUCAGAAAGCUGGUUUCUUGCAGUUGGCUGUUGGCACAAAUUCUCACCCGGUUGAAGAGUUGAGAAGGGAAGGGCUUUUCCAAACAACACUAGUUUCCAAGAAUUCGAAGGAUAGGAAAUUAAUGUACUCUACCUGCUUCAUCACAUGCUUUAGAAGAUGGAAUAGCUUACAGCAGCAAUGCAUGCAAGUAACUUCAGAUUGUUGGAAUGGUCUUGAGCAAUCACAGCAUGGUCUUGCUUGUAUUUAGGAUUAUCCAGGGCAUCUCUUUUGAGCACUUGCAAUGGCCCUUGAUUUGGUUGGAACUGUCAAAAUUUAUGAUCCCGAUCUAUAGGAUUACUGAAGCUUCCUGGACUGCGAAUUCACAUUUCCAGUAACUUGAUAAGGUUAUACAUGUGGUUUUGCAGCCUGUGGUUGUGGUUGUGCUAUAUUGCCUGGGUCUAGAGUAAAGUUAUAGACAAUUCAAUCCAGCCAUGAUAUAUAAACCAGACUUGGUAUAUAGUAAUCGAUGCUGCCCGUAUUCCUUGAAUCUUGAAAACAAAAGGAAUGAUUAGAUACCUUACGCUGUCACUGGGGCAACGUUGCAGUCCAUAUAGUGUUGCUGAUAAAAUGUUAAUUAAUUGAAUAGCCAUUUUGACCAUUUUGUAAACCUGAACUAUCCUUUUGAAUUCAAGUAGUUGAUCGUGCAUCCUGAUAUUCCACUUCCUGAUAAUCAAUCCUGCGACAUCGAGCCUUUCAACUUUAUAAAAGGAUAUCUUUUCCACUUGAAUUGAUGGUUAAUCAAACCCUUUUCAGAUUGACUUGCAGAUAUAAAAAGAAAACAAGACAUGGACU